CGAGUCACUCAGAUGCAUUUGUCCUUGAAAAUAUACUGAUAGAAUGUGAUAAAUAUUUCAUUCGUCCGUCUGCGUGUAUUUAUUUACUGACUAGUGUGACAAGUAUUACUUAACGGACACCCGAUACACAAAGCUAAUAUGACGGAUAAAAGAAGGAAAGUUCUCAUAGCCAUGGACGGAAGUGACCAUUCUAAUGCCACAUUUGACUGGUACAUGAAAAAUUUACGUCAUAGCGACGACCAUGUCUUGCUAGCCUGGAAUGUCGACACAUUACCUUCAUCGUAUGGAAACGUAAAUCUGAUGACAGGGGACCCGGAUGUUAUAUCACGGUCUAUAAAUGAGCACGCAACGCAUGUAAACCAUAUUGUCAAAACUCUCCAACAAAAACUCACUGAUUCAAAUGUGUCAGGAUGUGUCUUACAACUACACGGCCAUAGUUCUGGGGAAGCUAUCAUCAAAGCAUCCGAACGGGAAGCCGCCGACAUGAUUGUUGUAGGGAGUCGGGGUCUUGGGACGCUCCGGCGGACAUUUCUUGGAAGCGUCAGUGACUUUGUACUUCACCACGCACAUAUCCCAGUGUGCAUUUGUCGAUUUGAUAAAGUGAUUAAAUGAAAAACUUUAGUGAGCGCAUGUUAGAAAAGAACAUGGGCCCAAAACGUUUGAUUGUUGUUAUUAUGAUGAAGUUUUAAAUACAAUGUAAUUGGCAAUUUAUUAAUUGAGUAUGCUUUUGUAUUAGUUUUAGGCGUUUUUGUUUGACAUUCUUUGUCCUAAGGUCCAGAUGAGGCCCUUUGGGUAAUUACUAAAUCAAUUACGUGUUUUUGUAUACUUUGAAUGCUUCUCUUAAAAAAGAGAUUUUUUAAAUGUCAAAUCGAGACAAGAAUGUCUCUCUGUUGUUUUAUUUUUGUAUAUCAUGGAUAUAAAAUUUGCAAUUAAAUAUUAAAUAUAAUAUAAACUGACUGAUCUUUAAAUACAACAUUUAUCAUAUGUUGAUCAGGCUACGGCAUGCAGCAUCAGAAGGACGACUGGA